AUGAACGGGAAAGGAAUGCAAAAGUGCCGAGAAUGGGCGCAGCAUCUUGCCGGGCAGCCAGAACUUCAAUCCAUCGUUCAAAUUCCCAAAUCUCGCGUUUGUGUAGUCGCGUUUGCUUGUCUCACUGUUUGGCUAGUUGUUGUUGCUGCUAGGGUCGUCAAGAACUUGAUGCAGAGGAAUGGAGCGAGUCCAGACUUAGAAACACCCACUAGAAAGCGCCUGAAGGCGCGGGAAAGAAAGCCUGGAGUUUGGAUACCUGUGGAAUUCAGAAGACCAUACGCGCGCCCAGCGCGGGAUUGGGAUGUCCACACAACCAAGCCGAAUCCAUACCGCCCAUUCAGAUAUGGUGCUUAUCACAUCACUAUGGGGCUUCGGAAUAUGCCUUGGGAUGAGUGGAUAGAGCUGGACAAUCAGUACAUGAAGUUUCAUGGGGAUAAAGCCAAACGGAUUAUUGACCGUGGCUCUCGAUGUUGCUACACGGAGCCCGCAGCAUUUGAUGGCGCCGUUGAGCUCCUUGAAGAAUUCUGCGCGUAUCUUCCGGAAAGAUACCCCUCUCUAUUCGAACGGACUCCAGUCGGGAUGAACAAUCUGCUCACUGGUGAGAUAUUCAACAUUAACGAACGGCCUUUAGUGGAAGACCCGAUGCAGAUGGCCGCGCGUAUGGUCCAAGAUGACCUUGCUAUCAUGUUCGAGAAAGAGGACGGCCAGUACUACCUCCUCGCUGGCGCCAUCUUACUCGCUGGGUUCUGGAGGCUAGAAGAUAAACUCGGUAUGCCACUGAGCGAGAUUCAUACCUCGGGAAACGUACCAGGAUUCAAGGCAAAGUUGGAGAAAGGAAUGACGAAUUUCUUUAGGAGGGUCGAGCCAAACGGGCCAGUGCAGCGCAAUAACUACUUCCUGCAAGUAGACGACUCACUUCCGUGGUCUUCGUCCAUUGGCGACGAAGACAGCUGGCCCGGGAAAGCAGGUUGGUUCACUGCCGAGAAAAACAAGGCCAUCGAACACCAUUAUUUCCGUUCCGAGCGCCAGACAUUGCGUCGUUUGCCGCGAAGCGGUGGUGUAGUCUUCACAAUCCGCACAUAUUUCGAACCAAUUACGGAGGUUUCCGAAGAGCCUUAUGUCCCUGGUAGGUUGGCAAGCGCAAUUAGGAGCUGGGGCGAUGAUGUGAGUAAGUAUAAAGGAAAGGAGCGCUACGAGGAGGUACUUUUAGAGUAUCUGGAUCGAAAGCACCAAGCGCAAGUAGAGGCGGGGCUGGAUUUGGAGAAGGAGGACGAGGUCAGGGCGUAUCCAUUUUAG